CGUUAGCGUCAUUCCAACGCUUACUGGAUCCGAGGGAGCGCCUUGUCUAAUCGACUUUCCCUUUCCCGUAUUUUCAUCUUUCAGAUCAGUUGCAAUGAAGGCUUUUAGUUUUACACGCAUUGUGCUUAUGGUGUGCGUGGGCUGCGUCUUCCCAGUUGAAGCGGUGCCGAUUGGUCCUGAGAGCGUGGUCGGGUUCGGUGAGAUUGUUAUGUGCUUGGGGGAUCUGGGCUUUUCCGAAGGGUUGGCUUACGACGGCUACGGCUGUUACUGCGGCAUAGGAGGCCAGGGCACACCGGUGGAUGAAACCGACAGUUGCUGUCAAGAGCACGAUGACUGUUACGGUAGAGCUGUAACAGCGGAGGGCAACUGCAAUACCUUGGAAACCUACGCCAUUCCGUACAGCUAUACAAAAUACACUGAUGAAUCUGGAAAAUGUGCCAUCAAAUGCAAGGCAGAGGCUGACUACCCUUGGUAUUCCAUCAAUCCCAAAUGCGAAGCCUUCAUGUGUGAAUGUGACCGCAUGGGGGCGCAGUGCUUCGCUGACAAAAGGUCUUCAUAUAACCACGACUUCGUCGACUAUGACAAAAACAGCUGCUAAAUACUGAGACAUCUUCCUGAGGUUGCACCGAAACAGA